AAAACACACACACACACACAUACACGCACUCGCACGCACGCACACGCAAACACACACACACACACACAACGCACAGUCACUCACACCGAGACUCAAUUACUGCCCAAUUCCCUUCUUCAUCAUCUCCUGCUCCACCGGCCUCUCACAAAACACUGCGAAUCGCCAAAGGAGAGAAAAGAGCGAGAAAGAGUAACACACACUUCGGACUCGAACCCGAGGCGGGAUUUUACGCGAAAUAAGUGUCCAAACUGAAGCGAACGGGGAAGAGCAGUGAUGUCACAGAGUUGAGGACACACCCACUCAAUAUGGAGUCUGGAGAGCGGCUGGCCUCGCCUUCCUCCACCCCGGUCUCCGUACACAACACCCCAACUUCAUCCUCUUCCUCCGCUUCCCCGGCCUCCAACACCAAGAGCAGCCUCAACCACGGAGCGACGGCCUCGCUCACUGCCUGUGGCCCUCUGUUCGGGGUGGCAGGGAGUGAGCAGCCAUUCAGCGUCAGCUCUGUGACCUCUUUGCCCAGUGCCUUCCCAGUGAUGGCUCAUCCCGCCUUUGGCCUCCUGUCCCCAGCCACUGCACGCCCUGAGUUUGGAGGUCUGGGGGCCCUGGGGGUCACCGCAGCUUUGGCAGCCCACCCGCAACUAGGGGCUUUUUCAGAGUGGUGGCGAGCAGCUGAAGCUCAUGGGCGGAGUCCCGCAGCCUUCUUCCCGCCUUUCCUGGGCCUGCCCCCACUGUUUGCUCCUCCCCUCCAGAACCAUGAGGCCACUCCAUACACUUCCAAAACCCAGAGCAAAGGCAGCCGAGGGUCUAAAGGUGUUAACGGAGCCGUGAACGGCAGCGCUGUCUCUCUCUCCGUCACCAAAGGCAGCGUCUCAGUAGCCGCCUCGCUCUCGCCCUCCCCCGCGCUGCGGCCCCCCGAGCGCAGCCGGACCCCCAACGCCAAGCCCCGUGCCCGCAAAGCUGGUCACCAUAGCAACAGCACAGGAGAGCUCCAGGAGAAGCCCUCUCAGAAGCCUAAAGAGAAGAAAGCCCGUAAGAAACCAGGGGAUGGCUUAGGUGCGAGCGACAGUGAAUCAGGCUCGUCGUUGGACAGCGACAGUGAGGGAGUCAGCAGCAGUGACCUGGAUGACCUGGGAGAAGAGGAAGAUGAUGACGAUGAUGAUGAUGACCAGAGUAAAGACAGCGAAGAGUCUGACUCUGAAAAGGAGCGACAGAAGAAAAAGAAAGUGAAAGUUGGGAUGCCAAAUCUCGGGACAAGUAACAAGGAAAAGUCCAGGCUUAUGGAGAUGUGGGACAUCCAGGAGGGCCUUCACCGCGGUGCCUCCUUAGACCUUCCAACUAUGGUCCCGUUACCCCGCUCACCCUCACCCUCAGCACACAGUCAGUCCUCCAGAUCCCGGGAGAGACCGGCACAGCCCACCAGCGUCAUCCAGUCCACAGGCCUGGCGGGCAGCGCCAAACCUCUAGCGUUAAUCUCCCAAACUCGGAAAGAUGCCUCCCCCAAACAACUCUCUGCCUCUCCUCAACACCUCAGCUCCUCUUCACCUAGACCUCCAGCCAUCUCCCCGAAACCUCCUGCAGGCUCUGGCAAGCCACUCCCCUCUUCCCAUCAGCUCCUCCCACUUUCUCUCUGCUCCUCGCCCAAACCACUCUCAGUCCCUUCCCCUCCUAAGCCCCUUCCCGUAUCCUCCUCCCCAAAACCACCUCCCCUGACUCCCUCCCCCAGGGCCCGCUCCCAAGGCUCUGCCCACAAGGUGCAGGAAGCUCUGAGCAGCAGGAAACUUCUAGAGAACUCACUGGCUCAAAUUGCUGACUUCAGACUGAAACAGUCCCUCCUGUCGCAGGACCAGGAGUUCCCGCUCCAAUUCAAGAAGCAGCAGGAGUUGUACAAAGCUCCAAAACAUUCUAAAGUGGAGUCUUCUUUGCUGUCGUCCACUCUCCUCACCCUGAAACCCUCCUCAGGCCGCACCAAACCUCCUGCGGCCCAGGGCGCGGCCCCGUCACCCAGCCUCCUGCUCUCCCAGACCCUACUGGGCUUGAGCCAGGCCAAUGGGGUGAUCCAGAGCGUACCCCAGGACGUCCCGCUGGCCCUCACUACCAAGCCCCGCACAGACCUGCCCGUCAACCUCAGCACAGGGGGCAGGAAGGACUCUCCGACUCCCCCCACCGUCGCCCCUACCUCUUCACCAGCGCCGACAGGCCGAUCACGCAACUCGCGCAAGAGCAAAACCCCCAAACCCCUGGAGGCCUGGAAGGAGGUGUCCCAGAACCACUUGGUGCAGUCUUUGGUGGAUCUGUUCCAUCGCGGAGGGGCGGAGCAGGAGCUGCCUGUAAGCAAGGACUCAGAUGACUCGGCAGAAGAUGACGACGACGACGAGGAUGAUGAUGUGGAUGAUGAAGAGGAGGACGAGGAGGAUACAGAUGACAGUCUCUCAGAGUCAGACAGUAACUCGGACAGUGAGUUGAAUGGCUCUGGGAGCAGUAAGAGGAAGAAGCGGGACGGGGCGGAGGCAGAGACGGAUGGAGAGAAGACCCCUCUGAAACUCAGCAAGGGACUGUCCCUGCUCAGCCCCUCCACCAAUCACAGUCUGCCUGAUUGCUCACCGCUUAACCUCCAAGUGAUUAAGCCCUCCAGCGUGGCCACGCCCACUAUCGUGAGCAGCGCCAGUGCCUUCACUUAUCACAGCUCUCCGUCUUCGUCCUAUUCUGUUGGCACCUCCCCAGGCUCAGGGAAGAGGAAGCGUGUGAUGAAUGAGGAUGAUCUAAAGAGUCCUCUGGAAAUGGGCUGGCGGAGGGAGACCAGGAUCAAGGCGGUCGCUGGUCGCCUCCAGGGAGACGUGGCAUAUUACGCCCCGUGCGGCAAGAGGUUGCGGCAGUAUCCAGAUGUGGUGAAGUAUCUAUCCAGAUAUGGAAUAAGUGACAUCACACGAGAUAAUUUUAGCUUCAGUGCAAAAAUAAGGGUUGGUGACUUCUAUGAAGCCAGAGAUGGACCCCAGGGUCUGCAGUGGAACCUGCUGAGUGAAGAUGAGGUCAUACCCCGCAUCCGGGCUAUGGAGGGGCGGCGGGGUCGCCCACCCAACAGCGACCGCCAGCAGAGAGCGGCGGACGGCGAGGGUUCUGGCUCAGGUGGUCGGCGCAGAAAGGGCCGACCGCCUAAUGUGGGCCAGACUGAGUUCCCGAGCCCCUCCGAGGCCAAACUGCUCCGCAAGCUGGAGGCUCAGGAAAUUGCCCGGCAGGCGGCUCAGAUGAAGCUGAUGAGGAAGCUGGAGAAACAGGCUCUCGCAAGAGCUGCCAAGGAAGCCCGGAAACAGCAAGCCAUCAUGGCUGCGGAGGAGAGGAGGAAGCAGAAGGAGCAAAUCAAGAUCCUCAAACAGCAGGAAAAGAUAAAGCGCAUUCAGCAAAUCCGGAUGGAGAAGGAGCUCCGCGCGCAGCAGAUUCUCGAGGCGAAGCGGAAAAAGCGAGAGGAAGCUGCCAACGCCAAAAUCUUGGAGGCGGAGAAGCGCUUAAAGGAGAAAGAAAUGAGACGUCAGCAGGCUGUUAUCCUGAAGCACCAGGAGUUGGAGAGGCAUAGACUAGAUAUGGUAUGGGAGAGGGAGAGGAGGAGGCAGCAUGUAAUGCUCAUGAAAGCUGUAGAGGCUCGCAAAAAAGCUGAGGAACGUGAGCGCCUCAAACAGGAGAAGCGAGAUGAGAAACGCCUCAACAGAGAGCGCAAGCUGGAGCUGCGCAGGCUGGAGCUUGAAAUGAUCCGUGAGAUGAAGAAGCCUAAUGAAGAUAUGUGCUUAACUGAUCACAAGCCUCUUCCAGAGUUCUCUCGUAUCCAGGGCCUGGUCCUGCCAGGUCAGGUGUUUUCGGACUGCCUGGUGGUGGUGCAGUUCCUGCGUAGUUUUGGGAAGGUUCUGGGCAUAGAUGUGUCAGACUUGCCCACUCUGGGUGUGCUGCAGGAGGGCCUCCUAAACCUGGGUAACAGCAUGGGCCAAGUGCAGGACCUUCUGGUCCGCCUGCUCUCCUGUGCUGUGUGUGAUCCAGGACUGCCACCUGGACAGAGGACAAAGUCUAUCUUGGGUGAUCACCUGACCAACAUGGGCCUGAACCGGGACAACGUGUCAGAGGUGCUGCAGCAGUACAUGGAGGCACACUGCUCUCAGACUGAGAUGGCAGAUGUUGCCCUGAGCCUGAAGACCAAGGCCUUUCAGGCUCACACACCUGCCCAGAAAGCCUCUGUGCUGGCCUUUCUGGUCAACGAGCUAGCCUGCAGCAAGAGUGUGGUCAGCGAGAUUGAUAAGAGCCUGGAUCAAAUGAAUGUACUGAGGAAGGACGAGUGUAUCGUGGAAGGAAAGCUGAAAAAACUAAAGACCAUCCACGCUAAGCGCACAGGGAAACGUGAUGCCAUAGCUGGAGGGGAGGAGAUUCAGGUCAUAGGCACGCCCAGCUCUGGACACAAGCGCAAGAGAAAAGCCGGCGACAGUGACGAUGACGAUGAUGAAGAUGACGACAGCGAUGAGCCUGGAGAGGAGGACGAUGAUGAUGAGGAAGAAGAGGUGAAGAAAGGGAGGAGAGUAGAGACAUGUGACGAGGAUGAAGGAGAUCAAGCCACCAGUAUAGAAGAGCUGGAGAAACAGAUUGAGAAAGUAUCGAAGCAGCUGAAUCUGAUCAGACGGAAGCUCUUUGAAUCCAAUCACGCUCUGCGCUCAAUGUCAUAUGGGCAGGACCGGUACCGCCGCCGCUACUGGGUACUUCCUCAGUGUGGCGGGGUCUUCAUUGAGGGAAUGGAGAGUGGAGAAGGUCAAGAAGAGCUGGAAAAGGAACGAGAGAGGCUUCAGAACUUUAAAGCAGUGCGAGUUAAAGAGGAACCACAGGAGGAGCUGCAACAGCCGGAGGUGCAGAACCAGGUGAAGCAGGAGGAGGAGCCUGUGGAUGAUGUGAAGCAGGAAGACGAGAAGCUGCCCAUGGACGCUGAUCAGGAGCGGUGCAUAGAGGGGGACGCGUGUCCCUCUUCACCAAAGAAGCUCCAGGAUAAAGCAGUUCCACAGCUAGAGUCCACAUCUUCUCAGAGCCCGCCUCUAAAAGAGCUCUCAGGCACAACCAGUGAGGUUACAGCACUCUGCCACACCCCCAACGGCUGCCUGGCAACUGACUCCCCUCUGCCAGCAUCAGAAACUUCUCCAACUCACUCUACCUCCAAGCUGACGGUGCUGUGCAGCACCCUGGCUGACCCUGCAGCCCCCAUACCUCAGUUUGAGGCUCCUCCUCCUCCACAGUUUGGGGUCGCACUGUCGCUCCAGCAGCAGCAGCAGGCCCAGCUUCUGGGUAACGACCAGCUCCUGCGUGUGCUAACGGAGCGCAGUGGGCACUGGUUCAGCCUGCUGCCUCGUUCACCCUGUGACGACUCCUCCCUCAUCCAGCCCUCGACGCCUCCGCAAGCCUCGCCGCAACCCAGCAGCACCCCCCACGUCAGGGCCAGGAGCCCUGCACCACCCUGCUCUCCUCACCAACAUCUUCAUGCACCAUCUGCCUCCUCCAUUACCCUCAGCACUGCACAUGAUGGGCUUGGAAAUCACACCAUGUCUCCUUUGCAGGUAAAGCCUGGCAGUGCUCUAAUGGUUCUGCCUAUGUGUGGCUGGGCUGGUGGAGUCCUAAGCCCCAACCUGCCCAUGUGUAGCAGCCCUCUGCCCCUCUACCCACUGACUGAGGGCAGCGCCAGCCCCCUGCUAGCCCCCAGCGUCUCUACCAGCAAGAGUGGCUCUCCUGCACCCCAUGGAGACAAACCUCCCUCAGCCUCAUCACCUGCAAUCGACCUGCCGAGAAACCAUGACCACCCACAGCCACAUCCUAUACCAGAAGACAUGCUGAUGGGUUGGUGGAAGGUGGCAGAUGUGGAGGAGCUGCAGGCCCUGAUGAAAGUUCUCCACAGCAGAGGCAUCAGAGAGAGAGCACUACACAAGCAGAUCCAGAAAUCCAUGGAUCUCAUCUCACAGACCUGCAACAAGAACCGUGAAGUGGCAGUGAUGGAAGUCUCAGACCUGGAUGAGGGUCAGGUCUCUGUAGAGACGCUGCAGGAGUGGUGUGUGGAGGAGCAGGCCAUGGAGACAGACAUCGCUUUACUGCAGCAGGUGGAAGAACUCGAACGCAAAGUUACCUCUGCCAGCCUGCAAGUCAAGGGCUGGGUGCACCCGGAGCCUCAGUCAGAAAGGGAGGAUCUGGUCUAUCAUGAGCACAAGCCUCUCCCCAAGCCCCGCCCUGGGGCGGAGUCCCAGGAGGAGCGCAGCACGGAGAAAGGCCUGAACCGGCGGCCCAGCAACCCGCUGGACAUCGCGGUGUCGCGCCUGGCCGAGCUGGAGCGGCACAUCGAGAGAAGGUACCUGCGGAGCCCCUUAGGGACAACCAUCCAGAUCAGACUGGAUAAUGUGGGUACGGUCACUGUGCCCGCCCCUGCUCCAUCCACUAGCGCUGGAGGGGAAGGGGGAGAUGAGGAGAUUGCUCCCGGGAUGAAGGUUUGGAGGAAGGCUUUGAGCGAGGUGAAGAACUCCUCACAGCUGGCCAUGUGCCUGCAGCAGCUGCAGAAGUCCAUCGCCUGGGAGAGAUCCAUCAUGAAAGUGUACUGCCAGAUCUGCCGUAAGGGAGAUAAUGAGGACCUGCUGCUGCUCUGUGAUGGCUGUGAUAAGGGCUGUCACACCUACUGCCACAAGCCCAAGAUCAGCACCAUCCCUGAGGGAGACUGGUACUGCCCUGCCUGUAUCUCCAAGGCAAGCGGCCAGUCUCCCAAGAGUAAGAAGGCACAGAAUCGUAUGCAGUCAGGUGGAGGGGGCAAGAAAACUGCAGAGACGGCCAAGAAGAACAAGAAGCAGUCUGAGGCAUCUGAGGAGCAGGAGGCGGCUAGUGGCGGCAGCAGCAGCAACACCAGCAACAGCAGCCCAAAAAAGGCCACCGCAGCUCAGGCCAAGAAAAACCCACCCACACCUCCCGCCCCUAAACCCGAGAGCCCAGCCUGCGUUAAACGAGCCAAAACAGCCAGGGACAACAACCGGGACCUCGGCCUCUGCAGAAUUCUCUUGGCUGAACUGGAGCGUCAUCAGGAUGCCUGGCCCUUCCUCACACCAGUCAACCUCAAAUCUGUCCCUGGGUACCGCAAAGUCAUCAAGAAACCCAUGGACUUCUCCACCAUCCGCGAGAAGCUUGUUAGCAGCCAGUACCAGAACCUCGAGACGUUCAUCAUUGACGUCAACCUGGUGUUCGACAACUGUGAGAAGUUCAACGAGGACAACUCGGACAUUGGCCGCGCGGGACACAACAUGAGGAAGUUCUUUGAGAAGAGAUGGACAGAGCUCCUGAAGCAGACUCAGUAACUGAGCUGAUUAAAAAAUGGGCCUAGAACCGAGACUGAAACUUACUGUCAUUCGUUUCAACUUUCUGUGCGUGUGGAGCUCCGAAACCACCUGCAGAAUCACAGCAGCAUUUUGCCAUUUCUCCCAGCAAGCCUGGGUCCUUUCGCCUAGCCUACACAACACGGGACCAGCUCGCCACGCUGGCCUAAACCCUAAACAGUCACACACACAACACCCAAAGAGACACAGGAGAGAGGGUGUCUUUGUGCAAUACCAUUACCUUGUAGAAAAGAGUAAAUCGCACUGAAACCUUCAACCCCACCAUCAGAGCUGUAUCUAGGAGAAAAAAAAACACUUUCCACUACCUGUAAAUAUCAUUGUUUUUCUGUUUUUUUUUACUUUAUCGUUAAUAUUAUAGUGAAUGUAUUUAAUUUUUUUAAAUGAUUAUUUAUGACAAAAAAGGUCCAUUCUUCAUUUUCUAUGAAAAGGAAGAAACAGCAAAACUGCUUUAAAUCUAAUGGAAUGUUUAUUUGUAUGUGUUUUUUCCUCUCCAAAUAUGAAACCAAGCCAAGAAAAGAAAGAAAACUGUUUACACUGCUCUGUGCCGCUAGGCAUCGGAGUGCUCCUCCCUCGGAAGCAGAGCUGACUGCGUCACUGUACACGCGCCCGGAUGAGCAGUGGUCCCCCAUGUGUACAUACUGUCUAUUAAUAUCAAUAUAUUGAGUCUUGUUUGGAAUGAUGUGUAAAUAUUGUUUCAGACAUUGGAUAUUGUUCAUGCCUUAGACCGAUUGUAGCAUUUGAUUUUAGUCUUAAAGUGACUUAUUAUUGUUAUUAUUAUUAUUAUUAUUCUUACACAUUUAUUGUUUGUACAGUAUAUACAUAUCCUCUACAAACACUGUGGUUUCCUUAAUCUUGGUAGUGCCUGCCCUUCCGAAUAGGGUGUAGGGAAGUUUUUUGUUUUGUCGUUUUGUUUUUUCUUGAUUUCUCGUUUUUGUAAGGUUAUUAUUUUCUAAUAUAAAACACCCCCCGGCCUCCUCCACACAACAGCAUACUGUACAAUACUCGUCCGUAUUCCAUUCGAGAGCUGUUGGGAGUAUUUUUCAGUAUCCUGGCCGUGCGGCUGCAGAGUGACAGACACAGCAGUCUUUCUGUAAACCACUUUCUGUCCGAGACCCCCUCCCCGUACCCCCUGCUCCACCCCCCCCACCCCCCAAACCCCCCGUGCGUCGUGGCCCACUGGAGGCAGCUAGAACAGAGGUUUUUGUACCUGAGUCAGAGUACUUGAAGUUAUUUUAUUUAAAGAUAUUGUGGGAAACAAAAUGGUAGCGUUCUUUUGUAGGAGCAUUAUUUUUCACUAGUGUGUAUGUGUGUAUGUAUGUGUGUGUCUGAGAGUGUGGAUGUGUGUGGCACGGACCUAUUAAAAGGAUGUUUUUAAAGCCA